GUCCUAAGCGGAGACCCAACGCCAUCCAUAAUUAAGUUCUUCCUGAGGGCGGGCCGCCAGGUGCGCCUUCGGCAGGACAGUGCUAAUUCCAGCCCCUUUCCAGGCGCGUCUCCCCUGCGCUCGUCCCCCGUCUGGAAGCCCCCCUCCCACGCCCCGCGGCCCCCCUUCCCCAGGCCCGGGUUGUUGCUCGUGCGCUGCCGGGAAGGUCAAGGUCCUGCGCCCGCCAGGAGAGCUCGGUAAGUAUAUAAGGACAGAGGAGCGCGGGACCAAGAGACGGCGAAGGAGGGAUAGAAGAGCAGCGAGCGAGAGAGGCCGCCGAGGGUCUCCGUCCUCAGAGAGCAGCCAGCCUCCCGGGACAGGCACUUUCUGGAUUCUUCAAAAGUAUCUGCAGCGGCUGUUCCCCCAGGAGUGCCUCAGCCUGCCUGGAAGAUGCCGAGAUCGUGCUGCAGCCGCUCGGGGGCCCUGUUGCUGGCCUUGCUGCUUCAAGCCUCCACGGAAGUGCGUGGCUGGUGCCUGGAGAGCAGCCAGUGUCAGGACCUCACCACGGAAAGCAACCUGCUGGAGUGCAUCCGGGCCUGCAAGCCCGACCUCUCGGCCGAGACUCCUGUGUUUCCGGGCAAUGGCGACGAGCAGCCUCUGACCGAGAACCCCCGGAAGUACGUCAUGGGCCACUUCCGCUGGGACCGAUUAGGCCGACGCAACAGUAGCAGCGGCAGCGGCGCAGCGCGGAAGCGCGAGGACGUCGCGGCUGGCGAAGACCGCGGCCUGCUACCUGAGGGCGGCCCCGAGCCGGGCCCGCGCGAGGGCAAGCGCUCCUACUCCAUGGAGCACUUCCGUUGGGGCAAGCCGGUGGGCAAGAAGCGGCGCCCGGUGAAGGUGUACCCCAGUGGCGCCGAGGACGAGUCGGCCGAGGCCUUCCCCCUGGAGUUCAAGAGGGAGCUGACCGGCCAGCGGCCCCGGGCGGGGGAUGGCCCCGACGGCCCUGCCGACGACCUGGAGCACAGCCUGCUGGUGGCGGCCGAGAAGAAGGAUGAGGGCCCCUACAGGAUGGAGCACUUCCGCUGGGGCAGCCCGCCCAAGGACAAGCGCUACGGCGGCUUCAUGACCUCCGAGAAGAGCCAGACUCCCCUGGUGACACUGUUCAAAAACGCCAUCAUCAAGAACGCCUACAAGAAGGGCCAGUGAGGGCACAUCGGGGCCCUGGGGCUACCCUCCCCGGGGAGGUCGACCCCAAAGCCCCUCGCUCUCCCCUGCCCUGCUGCCUCCCAGCCUGGGGGCGGUGGUCGCGGCAGAUAUUCAGCCUCUUAAAGCUGUCUGUAGUUAGGGAAUAAAAUCUUUCAAAUUUCACAUCC